UGAGUAGUAUUUUGUUCUCCAGAUUCACACGCAACUUGAAAAAGUAGCACCUUUACGACAUCUCAACUGAAACAUCAUAGGAAGAACAAGACACUCUUCACUUUUUCAUUUCAUACCCAAAAAAUUAAUAACCAUUAACCAACCAAAAAACACUCAAUUACUCUUGUUAAGUCCUAAAACACACUCUAUUAUUCUCUUUUUCAUUUCUCAGUUUCGUUUCCAAAAUAACAUUCCUUCUGGAUAGAGAAUCUAUAAGCUUUUUGCUCAUAGCCUCACAAGCACCUUGCUUUCUCUUUUUCCCAUUGUUAGUGGUUUUUAUUGAUUUCUGGGUCAGUGUGGUUUUUUCCUGUUCCACGAGUUUGGUCAAGUUUCCAGUGAAUUUGUUAGGUGUGAUCCAUGUAGCCGAUCUCACCUAGUGGGAUAAGGCUUUGUUGUUGUUGUUGUGGUGGUGGUUUUGUGAUUAUUGGGCUGCCAUGGAUCUGGUUGGAUCUUCUGGUUUGAGUCCUACAGGGUUCAAGUGAAGGUCAAAGUUUCGUUUUUUAUGGUGUGAGUGAUUCAGCUGCUGAAUGAGUUUGAAAUGGUGGGUCAGUUUUAGCUGAAAAAAGGGGUGUGAGGAUAGAAAAUGAAGCGCAAGGUGGUUCAGCACAUGUGGAAGAAGAAGCUUUUUGCUUUGAUCUUGGUGGUGUUUUGUUUAGGAAGCUUGUUGUUUAUGCAGACACGUUACCAUCAUGUUGCGGGGUUGGUUUCAUUGCAACACCGUUUUGUUUCUGAGCCCGAGGUUCAAGGGCCCAAGGUUGCGUUUCUCUUCAUUGCACGGAACAGGCUCCCUUUGGAAAUGGUUUGGGAUGCUUUCUUUAGGGGAGGCGAUCGCAAAUUCUCAAUUUUUGUACACUGCAGGCCUGGGUUUCUUCUCAACAAGGCAACGACUAGAUCACCAUAUUUUUUGAAUCGUCAAGUUAAUGAUAGCGUACAGGUUGAAUGGGGAGAAUCAAGCAUGAUAGAGGCUGAACGUGUUUUACUUAGACAUGCACUUAGUGAUCCUUUAAAUGACCGCUUUGUUUUUCUCUCAGAUAGCUGUAUACCUUUAUACAACUUCAGCUAUACAUAUGACUACAUCAUGUCAACAUCAACAAGUUUUGUCGACAGCUUUGCUGACACGAAAGAAGGCCGUUACAAUCCAAAAAUGGAUCCUGUUAUUCCUGUCUAUAAUUGGAGGAAAGGAUCUCAGUGGGCUGUUCUGACCAGAAAGCAUGCCAAGGUUGUAGUGGAGGAUGAAACUGUCUUUCCAAUGUUUCAAAGAUACUGCAAGAAAAAGCCACUACCAGAAUUUUGGAGGGCUCAUUACAUUCCUGCUGACACAUCUAAGGUGCAUAACUGUAUACCAGAUGAACACUAUGUCCAGACAUUACUGGCUCAAAAGGGCCUUGAAGAAGAAAUCACACGAAGAUCGUUGACACAUACUUCCUGGGAUAUUUCCAACUCCAGGGAACAUGAGCGCCGGGGAUGGCAUCCAGUGACUUACAAGUACUCAGAUGCUACACCUAUGCUUCUAAAAUUUGUCAAGGAAAUAGAUAAUAUUUAUUAUGAAACGGAAUACCGAAGAGAAUGGUGCAGCAGCAAGGGUAAACCAUCGACUUGCUUCCUUUUUGCCAGAAAAUUUACUCGGACUGCUGCUUUAAGGCUUCUUAAUAUGUCUGUUCUGGGAGUGUUCAAUUAAGAGAACAAAAGGCUCUUUGUCAGAGAGACUGAUACAAGGAAAAAAAAAUACACUUAGCAAAACAAAUAAGAGGAAGAAAAGGAAUAAAGUAAAAGCAGUUGAAGAGUAUCGGCACCAUGCUGAUAUGUACAAUGAGUUGUAUAUUUACAAAUUUAAGAGUGCAAUUUGUCCAUUUUUUUUGGAGUCUCCAAGGGGCCUGGAAACAUAUGAGAACUCUUGAAUUGAAAUGAAAAAAUAGAUGUAAGUCUAGCUACUUUGGAAAUGGUAAGAUCUUUCGCCCAAGGAUGUACAAAAGAUGUCCUAAUUUUUUUUUCAGAAUAAUAUUGAGAAGUAGGGACACUUCUAAAUAGUGGUCACGUCAUGUCGUGUUGUAAUUGUGUCAAGUAAAAGUACAUGUCAGAUAUUGUAUGGACACCUCAAUUUUUUUAAAUUGUAUUUUAUAUUUUUUGUACUUUUA